AUGGGUUGUGGAGGCACGAAGCCAACAACAACUUCUGUUCAACCAAAACAACAGCAAUCGCCAAAUGAAGCGGGAGCUGACCAGAAUCAAGAAGGAUUGACUUCUGCAUCCCACAGAAGCGCAACUCAUAGCGUGGCAUCUUCCGUACAUAGUCGAAGAUCUUCGAAGAAUGGUAAGGAACCAUCCAUACGUAGUCGGACACCUGUUGAUGUGAUGGGAAAUCCAUCGCCCGCGCAUAAUAACGUGUCUCCAGCGAAUGAUGAUGCAGAAUCGACACCUAGCCGACCAGCAACUCAUCUAUCGAGUAAAAGUAAUGAACACAAACAUUCUACUUCAGCUGUUGAACUCGAUAACAAGUCCGCUCGUAAAAACACACAAUCACCGGUAUCAUUUCUGAACGCUACGUCUGAAAAAUCGAAAAUACGUUCGUCAACACGAAAUUCAUCAGUGACUCCUUUGCCACACAUUGAUAGAGAUGAAACAGGUUCAAUAUCUAAAUUUUGUGCACCUAGAGAUGAAAAAGCAUCACAUGACCAUGCUUUUCGCUGUCGUUACUGUCGUCAUUGCCGUAAGUUGGGAAGUGGACGAAUACGAUCAGCUCCCAAACUUAAAUGGAUUAUAGAAAAUCCGGCCUUAAAUGAAUUUGUUAUUGAAAUGGAUAAUUAUGAUCUUGAUGCUGUGACGAAAAAUAUUAUUACAGAAAAUGGUCAUUUUCCAGGUUGUUAUGAUUAUCGACCUUAUCUAACAAUGGAUGAAUUAAAUUAUACAAAUAAUGUUCAAAACGAUAGUGAUUACUAUAAAUUACCAUUUAUUACUCGAAAAACUUCGCAUAUUACAGUUGCGCAUACUCCAUUUCCAGAGUAUGAUUACCUUCAACGCCAUGAUCAACGUCCUAACAAACCUUAUGAUUUAUCAUUAUUUGCUGAUUAA